CGACAACGCUCGUCCUCAUCAUCACGAGACCGCUCAUUAUCACCACAAGGGUCUCGACCCGUAGUACGAGAAAACUCUUUCUCCGCACCGCGGCGACCUCGAUCCUCAUUACGACAACGUUCACCCUCAUCACCACGAGGCCGCUCAUUAUCACCACCACAAGGACCUCGGUUUUUAGUAAAAGAAAACUCUUUCUCAGCACAGCGGCGACCUCGAUCCUCAUCACGACAACGGUGGCCCUCACUAACACGAGACGGCUCAUUAUCACCACAAGGACCUCGGCUCUUAGCACAAGAACACCCAUUCUCAGCACAACGACCUCGAUUCGCAGCUCAAAUACCCUCAUUAGCAACAUCACCAGGAGGGUCAAAGAAAGUAAUAGCUGCAACUGUUAAUAAAGGAACAAUUUAA